CAGCCUCAGAGGAGAAGGAUGAACCCUUAACUCUGCUGGAAGGAAGAGAGGAAGGAAGGAAGGAAGACUCAUCUAAGAAGAUAGGACUGAUCAGGAGCAGAGCGCUGUUCAUCUUAAAAACAACCUAAACCCAGAGGCAGCAGGAGCAGGAGCAGCAGGGAAGGAGAUCCAGAGUUUCUUGCGCGUCUUCUACAUUUAACCGUUCUCCCCAUCCAUCAAAUGAUCCUAAAGCGGCAACUUUUACUUCCAAGAGGCGGAUGGGUGACUUUCCACGUUGCUUUGUGAGGUGGAGAUGAUGAAGAAUUUUAGCAGCAGUCCCUCUCACAACAGCAACAACAACCAUCACCAGACUCCCAACCACAUCAGAGAGCGCCACCACCGAAAGCACGGCUUGCUCAGCGCUCUACCGUGGCGCUUCUCCUUGCGAGGUUACGGUUUUUGCAUGGCUGCGCUCUUCCUCUUCUGCUUUGGCUCGCUUUUUUACCAACUCAACGGCGGCGCUCCAAGAAUCCUCCUUGACAUCAGGCAGUAUCUUGGGUUGAGUUGGAAAAGUCAUUGGUCAGGCAAAAGGGCUACCAGCAGGCUCAUUAUCCAUAAGGACAGGGUAGAAAGGCAUCUGGUGUCGUGUCCACAUGACCAAAAGGCAAGACAAGGAGAAUCAACAUACCUCAAUGACCACGGACCCCCUACUCAGAGAGUACUCCCGUUUCCCAGCCAGGUGGUGUAUAACCGCGUGGGGAAGUGCGGCAGCCGAACAGUGGUGAUUUUACUGAGGCUGUUGGCAGAGAAACAUAAUUUUAACCUAGUCUCUUCUGACAUCCACAAUAAGACACGCCUCACAAAACAUGAACAGGUGGAUCUAAUGAAGAAUAUCAGCAAGAUCCCUCAACCAUUUCUCUAUACAAGACAUGUUCACUUCCUAAACUUUACCAGGUUUAGAAUAGAGGAGCCUGUGUACAUCAACAUAAUCCGGGAUCCAAUAAGCCGCUUCCUUUCCAACUAUUUCUUCCGUCGCUUUGGUGAUUGGAGAGGAGAGCAGAACCACCUCAUUCGAACCCCAGGGAUGAAAGAUGAUGAGCGAUACUUGGAUAUAAACGUGUGCAUUCUAGAGAAUUACCCAGAAUGCUCCAAUCCCCGAGUUUUCUACAUCAUUCCCUACUUCUGUGGACAACAUCCUCAAUGCAGAGAGCCUGGAGUGUGGGCUUUGGAGAGGGCCAAGCAAAAUGUGCUGGAGAACUACCUCCUCGUUGGUGUCUUGGAGGAGCUGGAGGAUGUUUUGCUUAUGCUGGAGAGGCUCUUACCCCAUUAUUUCUCUGGAGUCCUCAAUAUAUACAAAAGCCCAGAAUAUAGAAAAAUGGGGAACUUGACCGGUACGGUCCGUAAGCAUACUCCUACUCUGGAGGCCCUGCAGGUUCUGUACCACCGCAUGCGGUAUGAGUACGAGUUCUACGACUUCAUCCGUGACCAGUUUCACCUCAUGAAGAGGAAAAUUGGGCUGAGGUCUGUCUCCCGUCCUCCGGCCUACCCGCCUGAUUUCUUGCGUAAACUGGCUCUUCGGACACCAGAACCUUUGGAUGAAGAUGAGGAGUUGGACUCAGACCUUGAGGACGCCAACAGCUGGCUGGACCAUCCCUGAUGACUGUGUACACAGUGGAUGAAGCCAAAUAAAAGAUCAAGCUAAAACUGCCUAAAGAAAGAAUGAGGCAGCCAGAGGAAUAGUGGAUGUGUUAUCCAUCUUUUGGAUGUCAGCACCUUUAUUUUUGAGAAUUCAGUUUUCAGUCUUCAGGCUCUUAUUCUGAAAGGCCCAGCACUUUGGACUUGAGGAACUUAAAGAGACAAAAAAAAUAUGUAUUUAAAAGCUGGCCGAGGACAGAUGGGAAUAAUAAUAAGCUCAAAGUAUUUUAUGAUCUGUUUUUACUGGAGCAUGUUGAGAGGAUUUUCAGAUCUUCAUAGUUUAAAUCUCCGGGAGAGAUUAGCGGACAACUACGAUAGGAGUACUUGGGAAAUACAUUAAAUGGUGGAGAAGACUUCAGAGACAUUUCCCAAUCUUUCAUAAAACUGCUUAUGCUAUAAAAAUCGAUCUGUGUCGUGGAUUAGAAACAAGUGCCAUAAUCUUUGUUUGUAUUUUAGCUGUCCAGAACUUUUCUAAGUGCCAAAUCUUAAGGAUUUCCUGUAACCGUGAGACUGGAACCUUUGUGAGCACAAUUGGUAUCAGUUGUGAAAUCAGUUGUUAUAAGACAAGUCUAUAACAUUUAAUUGAAUUGCAAGAUUUUAUAAAGUAUGAAUGAGGGUUAAACCUUGUGCAUCUAUUAUGAAUUCAGAGAAUUCCACCUAGAUGUGCAUGAAUCACUGAGUUAGACUGUGCAGAGAGUAUUUAAGAAUAGUUUUGUUGUCUGGAAAGACCUCUCCUUGUUAGUAUGGCAAGGUUAUGAGUUGCAUGCUAAAAGUAUAUUGGGAGCCUUAUUUUAAUUCCAAAGGUGAAAAAAAAUCAAGUUUACCAAAUAACAGUGUUUAGCUGUGAUACUUUUUUGACAAUAUGUAAAUAUCCAGCAGUUUUUUUUUUGUUUAAAUAAUGCUUUAUGAAGAUCUGCAGCAAAAUGAGGGAUUUGAUCAAAACUGGACAACAUUUUGCAUUGUGCUUCUUUAAUGUCCAAGGAUAUUGGCUUGCAAAGUACAAGAGAACUCAUCCUACUGACCCAAACCUGAUGUUUUUUUAUUGUUGCAUUAAUAUUUUCAGUAUUGUUUUUUCAUAUCAAUUUAAUUUAUUAUUUUGUAAUCAUUUGCAUUCAAGAUAAAAUUCUCAGGAAGGAAAACAUUGUAUGAUACCUUCAUCAAAUGUAUCAUGUUAUGUCAAGGUCAUGAAGCUGCAUUUGCAAUGUUACUACAGGUGAAAAUGACAAAUGCAUUCCAUCAUUUUACGUCCUUGAAAUAAAUGCCCUCAGACUUU